UUUAGGCAAGAGAUUGGUGCUCUGCGCACUAGGCUGUGGACCUUCCUGCUCCAGUCAUUCUACUCUGUCUGCCACAUGCGGGGAUGGGAGACCCUACCCUCCAAGCACAGAGAGAGGAUACUGGCAGCUGCUUUUGAUAAAAGAAACAGUAGAAGACUUUGGGGAAAGCCUGUAUUCACCAGCUCAAAGCCGAGGGGUGCAAGAUGCCCUUGAGUUCCUGCAGCUCCUUGUGAAAGACUUCUUGUCCACAGGACCAUUUGGGUCAUCAGGAACACAGGGAAAGGAAGUUGCACUGCAGUUACAUCAUCAGCCACCAUGAAGUCAGACGGGCUGGGGACGCCAGGCCUCCCAUCCACCGCAGGGAGAGGGACUGGUGCUACCAAGCCUGGAGACACUGGCCCAUUCAGGGCAAAGAACGUCAAGACCAAGCAGCCAGGCGACCACCAGAGCACCACGGCUAAAGCCAAGACUACAACCUUCGCAUCAGCCAAACCAGUGCUCAAUGGUACGGCUGGCCCAGGGGGGGCUAGGAGGGAGGUAGCCACCGCUAACGGACCCAGGGGGUCCCCAACAGGUGGGAAGGGGACUAAGGACCAGGACAGGAAGCCUAGCCCUAACCCUGGAGCCAGGCCCAAGACCUCUCCCCCAGGCACCACCUCCACAGCUCAGGCCAGGCCAGGGAAGCUGCAGAAGAAUACAGCAGGGAAGGGUGACUCUCUUCAGGGGGCAGACAGCAGCACGGCCCACCCCGCAACUACCACCCCCUCCACAUCAGGCAGUGCCUCUCCUGACAACAGUUCCGGAAGCCCACGCAACUGCCCCACCAUGCCAGAUCUUAAGACAAAAACCCAGGCUAAAGUUCUGACCAAAUCUCCACUGACCAAACCCCCCCAGAAAACAGACACCACAAAGACCAACAGCCCUACCAAUAAGCCUACCACCAGAGAGGUCAAUAAAGCCAAGCUCCCCGCUACAGGAAGAACAACAACUGUAGGAACAGGAGCCAGAGCAGACACAAAGGGGAUGAGCACACCAACAGGCUCAGCUGAGAACCAGAUCUCUAGACCUGGGUCAUCCCUGAGUGCCAGAAAGCCUGCGUCUCCCAGGAAAGAGGAGGAUAAGGAUGGUUCCAAAGUCUCAGCAGACAAAGCAGCCAGGAAGACCACAAAAACCACCCCAGCUACCGCAGCCACGGCCAAAUCUAAUUCUAAACCAGUAAAAGCCAUCUCCAGCUCCUCUCCUUCCAAACAGCCUCCACUAGCAACGGCCAAACCUGGGCCAAAGCAGAAUGCUACCUCUGAAUCUCCUACAGAGAAAGCCUCACCCAAGUCAGCGGGGCCAGUUAAAAACGUAUCCUCUGUCAUUUCAUCCAAAAACCCUGCAGCUAAAGAGAAAGAGGGAUCUAAUGGUAAAACCUCUACAGAGACCCAGCAGGCUAAUGACACUGGUUCCGGAGCAGAGAGGGUCUCCUCACAUUCAGAUCCCAGAGAGAAGGCCUCAGAGCCAGUAGCACCAUCCACAGAGCAGAGUCCAGCUCAUAACAUUCCACUACCACCAUGCCCCCAGGGCCACAGUGGAGGAGGGGACUCCCUCUCCUUACCCCUGAAUGCCAGCCCUACGCUAAGUCCUCAGAAAUCUGCCAAACAACCAGGUAAACCUAACUGCACAAGAGGAGUCAGGGCUCUGUCCAAUCAGCCACCAGCAAUCAACCACAUAUUUAAUGGGAAUAACCUUGUAAGCGGAGAGCCUGCUAAGCACACAGAGGGGACACACACAUGUAAACACACUCCUGGCUCAGCCACAGACCUUCCACUGGACACCCCAACUCCAGGCAGCCCUCUGGAGGACUCGUGGAGCAGCCUGCACCACCAGGUCAGCCCCGAGUCAGAAUCCGGCAGUGCCACCACCUCAUCAGACGACAUCAAGCCUCGCUCUGAGGACUACGACGCCGGGGGCUCCCAGGACGAUGUGGAUGACUGCUGCUCCAACGAGCGCGGCGAAUCCAAGGGGGGCGGCACCAUGCGUUGCCAUGACUUCCUGGGUCGCAGUAGUAGUGACACGAGUACGCCUGAGGAGCUGAAGAUGCUGGAUGGUGGACUGCGGGUCGAGGUGAGGCUGAAGGGGUGCGAGGUAGAGACCACCAGCGAGGAGGAAGGGGUGAAGCAACGGCCGCGCUCCUGGCUGAGCAGGGACCGAGACGAGGUCCCUGUUGAGGAGGAGGUGCAGGCCAAUAUUACAGUGAAGCAGGUCCCCGACAGCCAGCUCUUCUCCUCUGAGGAGUCCGAGGAGUCUGAGGAAGAGGAUGAGAGGUCAGAGGUCGAGGUUCUUCCUGUUCACCAGGCCCCUCUGCCUCCUGCCGAUCCCUCUUCUCAAUUCCAGGGCAUUGUGAACAUGGCCUUCGAGGAUGGAGCUGACCCUGGUCAAGUCAACGAACAGCAGCAGCAACUGGACUACCAAUCAGCCUCUAACUUCCGCCGCUCUGUUCUGAUCUCUGUUGACGAGUGUGAGGAGCUGGGAUCAGAGGAGUGCGGGGUGCAGACUCCACCCCAGCAACAGCCUGAUGACCCCCUCAUGCCCUGCGAUGUCUUCGGGAGCAACCCUUCUCCGGCCCCUCAGUCAGUCCCCAACUUUGUCUCUCACUCUGGGGGGCACCUGGCAUCAGACUUUCCCAAAAGCACACCUCAGCAGCAGCAGGAACAAGGCAACGAGCACGAGUCCAACAACAACAAACCCAACAAACCCAUUGUUUUCCUCACUGAGAUCCAAGAUCCUCUGGUAGAUGACCAUAACCCCACCAAAGUGGAGGGAGUAGAGCCCAGCCCUGGUUGCCCUUCUCUGGACCAUGACCCCACUGACCUGCCUCCCCAAGAGCGAGAGAGACCCUGCCACCUAGACCUCCGGCCUGCUGAACAGUACAGCAAUGGAGGAUCACCACGCAAGAACCCCUCAACCAAGCCUAGCCAAGCAUCUGUACCUGUGCAUGUAGACAGCAAGAGAUCAGACUUACAUACAGACUUAAAUGACCCUCAGCAGAAAGGGGGCUCUCCUGUACAUGCAGCUAUCCCACAAUCCCCAGCAGGUAAUGUAUAAUGAUCUACAUCUAGGAACCCACCUAAUUUAAACCCUGUAGUCAAACCCCUCACCCAUUCUCCCUCCCCACCCAGCCAAACUCCAUUAGUCAAGUCAUAGUUAGUUCAUUAGUUCUCCCUUUGUAUCUUGCAAUCUCCUCUGUCUGAUAUAACAUGAUGCUCAGACUAUUCAUUUGCAUUAUGACACGUACACUUAUCCCCUUCCUCUCAAAAUGAAUAUAAUACAGAUUACUUAACUAGUUCAAACUCAAAUUGGAUAAGGGGUAAUUUUUUUAUAUGCCCAUAUACUGUAGCCAAAAUCUUGUUAUAAAUACACUAAACAUCUGUGUACCAGUCCCUUGAUUUGAAUUGGUAACACCAAUAUCCGUAUAAAAAAAAAAAUUGAGAUUGGUCAAUCAAGAAACGUGCAGAAGUAGCUUAGCUAUAAUCAUCUUAUAACAACUGAACUACCUUUUUUCAGAGGCAUUCUGACCUUGACUACUUAGAUUACUUAUGGAAAGAAAAAGCAAUGUUGAUUUCAAUGAGAACUGAUACUAAAAUAUUAAGUGUGAGUCCUAAAUGGCACCCUAUUCCCUUUUAUAAGGCACUACUUUUGACCACGGCCCGUAAGGUCAAAAGUAGUGCACUGUGGAAGGAAUAGGUUUCCAUUUGGGAUACAUAUUUAGUGUAAAAUAGUGUGUCAUGUGUUGGUUAGAAACCCCCUGCCUUCUGACAAGGUGUGGCGGACUGAUGUAGGCCUAGUUGUACGAAUGCACUUUGAUGUACAUAAAAAUGCAAAUAUUCAAUGAUUUUUCAUUGUUUCUUUUAGUGAAUGCAACGAAAUCCAACAGCUCCUGGCCUUUUUUAAGCCACAGCUGAUGAUAUUAUUUAUUAGAUUGAUGUUUCCAUAAUUUGUAUUUCAUGCAGAAGACGUGCAACCAAGAUAUGUUUUUUUAUUUUUAUCAAAUGACACAAUAAUAUGCAAAGUGGCCAGUUGAUUUGGAGGGUAAAUCCACAAAUACUAAGCUGUCAUUACGACCAGAUUGCUUUUGAGAAAGAUGUCAAUCUUUGUUUUACUUACCUACAGGGACCCUUGCCUACCCAGGAUUGGCUUGUUUUUGUUAUUUAUUGUCAGACCCUUCUAACCUGUAUCUUCUCCUCAGUCUGCUUAUCAAAAAGACAUCUGCAUGAUGGUAGUACAUGGUAGUUGUUAUGUCUUUUUAUUUAUUCCACCCAAUAUGUUUGUUUUUACUUAAUUCUUUUUUUACUUGUUUUAUUAUGUAAUGCUGGUUUGGUUCAAUAGACGUGUGGUACUGCCUGGUAGUUUUCUGUAUGUGGUGUGUCUAGAACAAUCUUUAUAUUCCAUGUCUCUCUUUUUUCACUCUCAUAUGAUACAGCAAAGCUAUUACUUAGUUAGGGGUCACGUCUCAAAUGGCACCCUAUUCCUCAUAUAGUGCACUAUACAGGUGAUAUGGUGGCAUUUGGGAUGCAUACUAGUUACGGUCUAUCCCAGUGCAAAACAUAUCAAUCUUGUUUUUGCUGUCAACAGCAAUAAGGGGUCAAUUGUGUCAUCCAUUGCCAGCAUGGAUCUGUUAUUUACAGUGAUAUGGAAGCAGUGUUAAUUACAGAAAGAAACUGUACAUAAAAUCAGAUGGGAAAUGUUAGAUUAACCUAUGUACUUCCCUUUGUGCUGCAAAGUAAAUCAUUUCUGCCUGAAUUUAGGUUUUUGUGACAGUAUUAUAAUCAUAUCUGUACAAUACAAUAGUUCUAUUCAUUAGUUAAAGAUACCUGCACGGUUUAUUUCUUCAAACAUAUCACUGGUGCCUGAGCAAACUGAGUUAUGCAGAGUUAACUAACAAGCGCUGGCAAUGCAAUGAAUGGCUUACUGUGUUUUUUACUGGUGGAUAAAAGAGACACAUCCAGACAACUACAUCCCUCUGUGCUUGACCUUUAAGGCAGCUGUCCAUCCUAUCUGCCACCCACAGUCCAGGUCAGUGACUACUCAUAUCAACCAUUUCAUAUUAUAAUCCAUUGGUCUGUAACUAGGUACCAACAAUGGUGAAAUGAGGGCCUCCCGCCUCUCUCCUAGUGGAAUAGAGGACAGGUUAUUGACUCAUCAAGGGUGAAACUUUAGUCAUCUAAAUGUUGGGAUAAUAACGUAAAAGUGACAUGCAGGAUAACUUUGUAAUGACUAUGGACUUAUGGAAAGAUGAAUUGUUAUGUCAUUGUCAACUGUUUUUAGGGGGCAUUGAAGGACAAUGAGACAGACUGGAUCAAACAACAACCCCAACCUGUACACAUGACUGACGCCCCUCCAAAACCCUCUCUACCAACUAUGAACUGAACGUGAGACAAGCUUUUGAGCACCUCAGCUCCUCUGACAACAGCAGCAGGAGGAGCACAGUUGGGUAGGAGGAGGAGAACGACAAAGAGGAAGAUUACAAUGGAGAGAGUGGUAAAUUUGCAGAGCGUGACUGGAGCAUGCUGAAGCAACUCCUCUCGGACCAGGAGUCCAGUCUUGGCUUCAUAAACCCAGUCCCUGAGGACCUAAACCUAGCCCAGUAUCUCAUCAAGUAGACCCUGUCCGUCUCCCGGGACUGCCUGGACACCCAGCAAACCUUCCUGCUCCACGAGAAGGAGACAUUUAAACGCUGGGCAGAGCUCAUAUCACCCCUGGAGGACUCCACAACCAGCAUCACUGUGACCAGCUUCUCGCCCGAGUAUGCUGCCUCUCCGCAGGGGUAGUGGACCAUCGUGGAGCUAGAAACUUAUCACUGACAAAGCCUAUACAGAAUUAAGGACUAAUGGAUCAUCUUGGAGUUAGAAACACAUCACUUGAUUGACAGGUUUAAGGACUAAGGAGACACUAUGUUAACUUCUUUCUGGAUUUAUCAACCUUCUCUCUAGAUUCAUCAACUAAACAACACUUCUUCUGAGACAGACACUACAACAGUACUUUCUAUCAGCGGGACCUGUUACACUUUCUCUCUGGACUUCUGCAACAUGUCUAUGGUUUACUGACAUCUACAGCACCACAAUUAUUCUGUCUUGAUGUUUGAGUCAUCCUCUAUUUAUUGGUUGACUGUCUCAUGCUUUUUAUGCUGCUUUUUAUGCUGCUUUUUAUGCUGCUUUUUAUGCUGCUUUUUAUGAGCUUUGAGUUUUUUCGGACUCUCAAACUGAACUUGUUUGUUUGCAUUCAGUCCCCUUCACAGUGCUUGACUUGGACUGAAAUAGGUUCCAGUACUCAUUUUGGGUGCCGGUACUGUUUAUAUUUAGGUAAAGGAGCUCCACAAUACCUUUCGAUAAGAGGAACAGGAGCUUAAGCCGUAGAACAUUUUAGGUGCCGGAACUCAGCUCCAGUGAGCUCCUGCCCAAGUCAAGCUCUGCCCCUUCAUCAUCUUCAGUUUAGACACAAAUAAGGUGUUGUGCAUGCGGACAUUUGUGUAUGUUUAACUGUUUACUUGGUGUUCGCAACCUUCAGAAAGAAGAAAAUAAAAAAUACAUGUUUUUCUCAUGGCUCUCUACUCAUGAUGAUGGUUAAACAGUGGAGUGUCACAGAAACCAGAGAACAUGUUGGUCUGUUGGCUUUAUAUUCAUUGUGUAUAUGAAAAUUAAAAUGUUUGGUUCUAAA